GGCCGUCAUGAAACACUAUUGUAACGGGUAAGGAACCCGCUGAAAGAAAUUAUAAGCAGUGAGCUUUCAGGCCUGAAACUGAAAAGUGACAGUGGUGUGAGUGCUUUUUCGGGACGUUAAGGUCAAGAUGGUAGCCCGUAUGUUGAGCACCCUAUUGGUCCUGCACUGCGUAUCGGUGUUGAUUCCCAGCAGUUGCUGUCGCAAGAAGGAGUUCAAAUUGCCCGUCCAUCAAAUCUACACCAACGAUACCUUGCCCGCCGACCUCCAGAUCACCGUGGAUCUGCCCGCGGGCCGCAACAAAAGCUACUCGUACACAUCCCACACCGCCCACGGUGCCCUCUCCGUCACCCUCACGGCCUGCACAUCCCCCAUCUUGUGGUCCUUUGGUUUAGAGACUACCAAUAUCCUUCACACCCACUCCAUGGACACCUACUAUGUUCCAACUCCCACCAAGGGCAUCUACAUACUCACCCUUCUCGCUCAAGAUGUCGACACUCUCGCCCACAUCUAUAUUAGUACCGAACCUGGUGGCCCUCAAGCGCUCCAAAACGCCAAAUUCUCCAAAGUCCGGCUGCUCAAGAGACAUAAAGGGAAGCGGUUAACUGUGAAGUGGAAUCCCAGUUUGGUGGACCCUCAAGGUACUGACUAUUGUCUGGUAGUGAGUAGCCAACCGCCCAAAGGGUCUCUAUGUGCCUCUCAGCAGGACCCAUCGCAAUCUGUUACUUGUGUCGGUCGUAAAACUUAUUACACUAUCACUAAUUUAAAACACAAUCAAAAGUACUACUUUAGUGUCUUUGCUAUUAACAACCAAUCAAAUUUUACGUACCCUUACGGUACCAUAUCUUCAAUUUUUGAUGGCCGAAUCAGACACACAAGUCUCAAAGACGGCAAAACGACUUUUGCCAAUUUGAAAAAACUCGACGGGAAAGCCGUUUUUCGCUACAAGGUUGUUAAUGCAACAGAAAGUCUGGAGCUAUUUGUUAUUCCAUGUGGAGGUGCUAUUGAAAUUGAAGUAACAUUGAAGAACGCAACAGUGGUACCACUUGAACGAGUCAAAAGUUUUAAGAGAAUUACUAUAAAAAAUCCGGUACAAUUCGCCCGGUACUAUAUCAAAAUUUAUGCCCUAAAUCGAGAAGAAUUGAAGAAGACGUCGGGUGUUGAAGUCUAUGCAACUACUAGAUUUCAGAAAAGAAUUCCUUUACCAAACAUGCCGCAAACUCUCAAAGUAACAGAAUACAAAGGUUUAACCACUUGUGAUAGUGUAACAGUAGCUUGGAUGGCUGCGCCAGGGCAGAAAAGUGUCCAUUAUUGCCUUUCAGCAACAGAAGGAAAAAUUCGUGAGAUGGAAGAAUACAGAAUGCCUAAUCAAUGCGGACUUGAAAGUCGCUUAAAAAAAUCAAUUGACUUUGCUGUAAAAUUUUGCACAGAUGAGAAAAAUCACAAAAAGCCUGUGGUGUACAAAACUAUAAAUCAGCUAAAACCUGGCCGCAAUUACAUAAUUCAAGUCACUGUCAAAAAACCAAAAGGAAAAACCUUGUCUUAUAACCUACUCCAAGUACAUACGAAGCCGUCCUGUAAAAGGAAGCACGACUGAUUUUAUUAAUUUGUUCAUUAUUACAAUUUCAUUGAUUCCUGAAUGAGUCUAAAUGUUUAUUUAUUUUUAUUGAUUUAAUUCAGUUGUAAGUUUUAUAUUUUACAGAAUAAAUA